UAUUUACACUUUCAAUUCGCUCGCAAGUCGUCGCAUGGCUCGGCUGUUUGAUCAAUAAUCCCCCGGAAUACUUCCAAUUCCGGAGGUGUUGAGACACCUUUCGUGUUUCGGGGAGCCAUUAUAUCACGCAAUCCCAUCGAGGACAUGCCAUCGCAUCGCGAUGACAAACUUUCUGGAUCAAUUGCCCAAGCAUAUCAGAGAAAUCGCCGAGCAGGUUAAUGUUCUCGCACCGGAGGAGGUGCUGACAACUCCCAAGGUGCGAUUCCUGGACACCCGCCAGCAAUCGCUGCACACAAUCGUGCGAAAAUGCACUCCGGAUGAUGUUAGGGUGCUCAAGGAUGCGGCAGCCAAGUGGCUGGCAGAGAUGCCCCAGUCAGCGGAUUCCCUCUUCAAGCCGCUUGUCAAUGUUAGAUGGUCGCGGGUGUCGUUUGGAUGUUCCGCUUUAGAUCGCUGCACGGGCGGGGGAGUGGUCACUCGUGGAAUUACAGAGCUAUGUGGAGCAGCCGGCGUGGGCAAGACCCAGUUGCUUCUUCAGCUAUCCCUUUGUGUCCAGCUACCCCGUGAGUUGGGUGGCUUGGGCAAAGGCGUGGCCUACAUAUGCACGGAGAGUUCCUUUCCGGCGAGAAGAUUGCUGCAGAUGAGCAAAGCCUGCGAGAAGAGGCAUCCCGAAAUGGAGCUGAAUUUUCUGGGAAACAUCUUUGUGGAAAAUCACAUUGAGGCAGAACCUCUCCUGGCGUGCGUUAUAAACCGCAUUCCGCGACUGAUGCAACAACAUGGCAUUGGCCUGAUCAUUAUUGAUUCUGUGGCCGCCAUAUUCCGGCUGUAUAAUGAUUAUCUGGAACGAGCGAGACAUAUGCGUCGACUGGCAGACGCUCUGCUCAGCUACGCGGAUAAGUACAACUGUGCCGUGGUCUGUGUGAAUCAGGUGGCCACCAGGGACGGUCAGGAUGAGAUUCCCUGCUUGGGAUUGCAGUGGGCGCACCUAGGACGCACUAGACUGCGUGUUUCCCGGGUGCCCAAGCAGCAUCGCAUGGGUGAUCAACUGAUAACGGUGCGCAAACUGGAAAUACUUUACUCACCAGAGACUCCCAAUGAUUUCGCCGAGUUUCUUAUCACCGCAGAAGGUGUGGUCAAUGUUCCAGAGCCAUCUGUUCCCAGCCCACCCGCCAAAAUGCGUCGACUGUGAUUGAUUGAAUUUAUUCUGUUUAUUUUGUUAUCGUUUAAUUUGUUGAAUUUAAAAUGUGUAACGGCGGAGCGUUCAAUUAGCCAUACGAUUGUCUUAUACUCCUGUUAAAUUCAGCGGAAUAUUUUAGGGUUUAAUAAUUUAAAUUUACUUAGUUGCCAAUCAGGUUUAGGUAUCAUUAAAAUAUAUAAAAACAAAUUU